AGUUCAAAGAUUGUAUGUAGCUGUAGAGGAAGAUAUCUCAGAGUGAUUGGUAAUUAGGAAAAGGUGUACCAGGUGGCAGUCAAUGGGUUAUGUACUAGGCCUUGCUGGCGCCCGAGACUGUAAGAAAGGCAGGAAAAGUGAGUGGCGAGUGUGUGGGGCGACACUGUACCCUCUGUGUGAAGUAUGAAUGCUUCAUUGUUACGGGGCUUCACUGUAUUGGUUAGGGUUCAUAGUUUGUAUUGGUUUCAUGCUUCACUGUUUCACUAGUGUUUACUUCGCCCCUUGCUCUGUAUUAAUCAUUGAGUUCUGUACCACGCCGCCACCGGCUCGCACCUACGUACUUGUACCUGUCUACACAUUAAAAGCACUGGGAACUUGUGACUUUAUGUUGCCCGAGAACCUACAAGAAGGAUACACCCUCCCCACGGUUUUGGAGGACAAAGUGAUAGAUGGAGGCGGGAGGAAGGGCCAGUGAGCUGCGUAUGCUUGACCUCUGAGUGGACGUAGGAAAAAAAAAAAAAAAUGACACGUUUCGGAAAUAACUUGUAUCAUAAGUAAAGAACGAGCAUCCCGUUAAGCAGCCGCGCAUUUCAAGGCCACGAGAGUACGUGGUAUGAUCGCAAGUGACACGUCCGGAAAUCAGCGUUUAAUUGCGUGUGUCUUAAUAGAAAAAAAUAGCCGAUUUCCAAAUUAUACAUCAAAGUAUGACCUCGUCUAGUUCAGGAGAGUCCUUCGUAUAAAUGCACUGGUGUGUGUAUGUGUGUGUGAGUGUUAUUGCUAGUUAUCUCUCUCUCUCUCUCUCUCUCUCUCUGUCAGUAGUUGCACAGGUCUUCAAGGGUAUUUUUACGGUUUUAGUGACAGAUUAACAACAUUUCUACAUUAAUAACAGGAGAAACACCAUUGAAAACCCUGAUAAUCAUCUUUAUAGCUUUGAAAAACAGUCGUGAGGAGAGAGAGAGAGAGAGAGAGAGAGAGAGAGAGAGAGAGAGUAGGAGCAUUUCAGUUGAGCCUAUUCUGCCCUGGUUCGUGUUUGCUGCGGUGACACGGUGCCGCACUGAGUGAAGAUUGCGUUCAUAAUCACUUAUCGGGGGUGGAGUGGGGAAAGGAGAGUCAGGAAGUGAGGAUAUUGAUAUUAUUUGACAUAUUAUUUGAUAGCAUGUCAACUUUUGUGUGUGUGUGUGUGUGUGUGGGUGGGUGUUGGAUCAGUGACAGGUGGCGCUGGGGAGUUACCACGGCGAGCGGCUGGCUGGCUGCAGUGUUUUGGUCAGCACUGGUCAAUCUUGCCCUACACGCUCUAUUAACCAGUGUUUCCGUCUUCCCGACACCUUCUUCCUGCACCAAGCACCGUCAAGCAUCACCAGAGAGGCACGAGUACGUAAGCUAUCCAACAUCAGAACAGUAUAUGAAUAUGGCAAAUGCUGUUUUGACAUCAUUUCCUGCCAUCCUGAGAAACAGUGAUCUCGAGGAGCAUGAAUUGCAGCUGCAAUGGAAAUUGCACAUCCAGCACAAGUUUCAGAAUUCAAGAAAGAGGCAGGAUUCCUCAGUGACUGAGGUGACGUCAAGGAAAAAGAAGAUCCCUUGCAAAGCGCCAAAAGAGACUACGUGCCCACUGAUGUAUGGAGUAAAGGCUUACCUUCCACCAAGGCCCCAUUCAGAAGAUGAUGAGUCAUUAGAGAGCCAUAGACAGUGGCUUGCUCUACAUUGGAUGAAGAAAGAUCCCGAGUUAGAUAAGCUAUCCAACAUCAGAACAGUAUAUGAAUAUGGCAAAUGCUGUUUUGACAUCAUUUCCUGCCAUCCUGAGAAACAGUGAUCUCGAGGAGCAUGAAUUGCAGCUGCAAUGGAAAUUGCACAUCCAGCACAAGUUUCAGAAUUCAAGAAAGAGGCAGGAUUCCUCAGUGACUGAGGUGACGUCAAGGAAAAAGAAGAUCCCUUGCAUAGCGCCAAAAGAGACUACGUGUCCACUGAUGUAUGGAGUAAAGGCUUACCUUCCACCAAGGCCCCAUUCAGAAGAUGAUGAGUCAUUAGAGAGCCAUAGACAGUGGCUUGCUCUACAUUGGAUGAAGAAAGAUCCCGAGUUAGAUAAGGCUGAACGCCUCAUGCAGUUGACACUUUCUGAGAGACGCAAAAAAAUAAUCAAUGGGAACAUUCUUGUAGCAGAAAUCCUGAACUUGUACCCGUGGAUUCAGACUUUUGAUGGCAUAAUAAAGGAGUUCCUGAGAUUAGAACCACAAGCGGAUGAACCAGACCCAAGAGUAGCAGUUUUGAAAGGGCUGGAGAAAUAUAGGCUCCCUAUAAUUGCCAUUCUCAAAAAAAGAAAAGCAGUUCCUCUGUAUAUGGAAACCUUACUUGAACUCUAUGACCACGAUGAAAGUCAAUGCGAGUAAUGUCUAGUUCAAUUUGUUCAUUUCAGUAGCUGGUAGCAAUUUAAUAUAUGUAUCUUUUCAUCAUUAGCAAUGCAUCUUUCACUUUUAUAAGCCUAGUAUUCAUGAAACUAUGCUGCAUGCAAAAACCAAACAUUGUAUUAAGCAUGACCUAUCUAACUGUAAUGCUUGCACCAAUUUCUAUAAAGGUACUAAUUUAAUUGUUAAAUUCCUGCUCUUCUAUCAGAUUUUUGGCUGAGUGCUAUGGCUAAAUAAUUGUUUGCAGCAUAAGUGAUGUUAAAGAUUUUAAUAGGUGUAAAGCAUCUCUCUCUCUCUCUCUCUCUCUCUCUCUCUCUCUCUCUCUCUCUCUCUCUCUCUCUCUCUCUCUCUCUCUCUCUCUCUCUCUCUCUCUCUCUCUCUCUCGUAAGGAAAGACAUUAUUUCUAGUAUAAAUAAACCCAAUAGGCUGUCCAAUUUGAAAUUUAAAAUGUAAAUAUUAUCAAUCUUUUUAGAAAUGUUAGCUGCAUCCUCUUCCCUUGCAGUCCAAUAAGACAGGUCACUAAUUCGUGUGGAGAUAGAAUUCUUGGAGUCACCUUUGCCGGCACUAGCGCAAGUGCAAACAGUCUGAUAAAGGUUUCUUCCAUGGUUGUGAUGAAGUUCAGGACUUCUCACACUGUUUUGGUGGAUAUGAUGAGAAGAAUCGGGAGUUCGGAACAUCAGUGCGUUAUGUUGGGGCAUGUAGGUUCGGCUGGGGUUUUCUUUCUUUCUUUCUUUUUUUUUUUUUCGAUCAGUACUCAUCAUAUUCUUACGAGGACUUGCUAGACAAAGCAUUAUUGCAUUAUGAUAUUACCCAAAUAGUGUCUCAAGUAAAAAACAUAACCGCAUACUCGUACAAAAGAUUUGCUGCUGUGACACAAAGGACAAAAAUCAUUAGUAUACUGGUCGUUCUGAGCAUUCAAUCAAAAUGCUUGUCAUUCAUAUAAUUAGUAGAACCAUUGAGGAGCUUUAUUUUUGUUAAUUCUUAUGUGAUAAAGCAAUAAUUACAGGAGACUUUUAAAAGAUUGGUACUCAAAUUAGUGGACUGUCCUAUUGGAUGUGACCAUAUCUUCACUUUUUCCCAACACAGUUAAUUUUCUUUUGUUUAUUUGAUUUACUUAUUAUCAUAUUUAUUUAUAUAUUUAUUUAUUUACACCAGAUGUUUGCUUAGUUAUAUUGGGGUUACUUCACCUGCUUGGAGAAAGGAAAGACUCCAUUUUUACUAAGGUACCAGAAGAAGAACUAAGAACAGGGCAGUCUAGUGUGUAUUUGAUGGUGCACCUGUAGCUGAACCAACAUGUAUUUCUAUGGCUGUAGUCUCAUUGGUAGCAGGGCUUUAUGUGUUUAAUAUUGAACACCCAAAAAAUUGUGAACAUUUCUUCCAUUUCACAACAUCCCAUCUCUUAGGUAUUAAGUAUGACAAAGGUAACACUUCAAAAACAAGAUCUCUACUUGUAAAACUCAAUGAAGUAAAGACAGAAUUGAGCUACAAAAAAUGUAUAAAUCUGCUUCCAAAUAUAUUCAACUCCACAAAUAAUGCCUCUCUCUCUCUCUCUCUCUCUCUCUCUCUCUCUCUCUCUCUCUCUCUCUCUCUCUCUCUCUCUCUCUCUCUCUCUCUCUCUCUCUCUCUCUCUCUCUCUCUCUCUCUCUCUCUCUCUCUCUCUCUCUCUCUCUCUCUCUCUCUCACACACACACACACACACACACACACACACACACACACACACACACACACACACACACACUAGUCAAUUACAAGUUAAAGAUUAAUCAGUAAAAUAAAUACAUAACAUUAUGUUAAUAAGUUUUCUAAAAGGAAAAGGAAAUACUUGUACUUCCCCUUCCCCCC